AUGUAUCAAUGCAUGAUUCCACCGCGAAUAUUUCUUGCUGUUGGUGUUGGUUUACUUAUAUUUAGUCUUGUACUUGGGUGGAUAUCAUUUUCAGUACCUGAUUGGUUACAAUAUUAUGAACGUAAUAGUUUGAAAAAUUUAACUAAACGUGAUAGUAAUAAUGCAAAUAAUUUACAAAACGAUACAUUAAUUGAUUUAAGAAAAUUUGGUCUUUGGUAUAAAUGUAUUUUUUCAACAAGUUCAAAUGAUUUUAUUUGUACAUUGUGGAAUAAUGAUACACCGAGUUUUGUACGUGUUGCACAAGUACUUAUACCAUUUGGUUUAUCAUUAGAAUGUCUUUCACUUUUAUCUGCUAUUAUUGGUUUUAUGUCUAGAAGAGCUUUUGUUACUACUGUACUUUUUUCAGCAUUAUUUGCAUUUUUAAGUUUUAUAUUUACAACGAUUGGCGUGACUGUAUUUGCAACAGAAUCGAUAGUUUAUGUUGAACGUUUACGUUCAAAUAAUAAUGACUAUCCACGUCGUUGGGCUAUGUGGUUAUUUGUUCCCAAUCUUAUUUUAUCUUUUCUUGCUUCCCUUUGUUUUAUUCUUGCAUCAAUAUUUAAUUGGUGUGAUUAUCGAAGUAUGCAUGCAACAGGAAUUCUUAGUCAUGCAGCUGAUAAAUAUAUCGGUAGUGUUCUUAAAGCACCAUCAGAUAGUACGAACAUAACAUCAGGUACGAAAAAACAACAUCAAAUGGGUGGUCAAGAUUAUCCAAAUACUUGUUACCAAAUAAAUGGUUCAAAUAAUAAUCCAAAUUCAUUAGGUUAUCCUCCACCACCAAGUUAUGGUGCUCCUAUGCAUCAAUAUGCAGGUCCUAAUGCACCUAAUCCAACAUUUCAAACAACGCCAGGAUUAUUUGGAUAUUCAAGACCGCCUAGUCCAGUGUAUCCACAUUCAACUAUUGAUCCUUAUCAUCAUCGACAUUAUAUGACUGAAAACUCGGAAAUGGACGAAUUAACUCGUAUGAGUGGUUCACGUCGUCAUUCUCGUUCUUGUCGUCAUUCAAGUCAUCGUUCAAGAUCACGUAGUCCACGAGAAAAUUCAUCAACUGGAAAUAAUACUCAAGACAACAAUGCAAAACAACCUCAGUUUAUUCCAAUACCUGUUCCUUAUUAUCAACCUCCAACUCAACUGCCACAACCACCGCCAAUACAAUCAACAGCACAAACACUUAAUACAACAUCGAAUAAUAAUAGCAAUAAUAAUAAUAAUCAUAAUCAACCAAUGUCGUAUAUUAUUCAGCAACCUAAACAACAAUUUAUUGAAGAAAUUAUUCAACCAACACCAAAAACAACUAAUAUGUUAACAUAUUGUCCCGAACAACCAUCAUUAUUACUUUCAAAUCCAACUCAGCCUGUUUAUACAAUAGCUUAUCGUGCAAAUAAUGGUGGUGGUGUACUAGCUUCAAAUAUGUUAACUGGACCAGCAGCAACAACUUAUGUUACAGCAACACGAGAUCAAAUUACAGAAGUUAAUUCACUAAAUAAUGAUAUUGAUAAUGAAGAAAAAAAUUGUCGAACUAUUUCAAGACAACGUAAUUUAAAAAAGAUUAAAGCUAAUGAAGUUUGGACAUGGCGUAAAUUGUGA